GAACCUUCUCCGCGUGCAAGAAUACAUUAGAUCUCCGGUGGCCAUGAUCCAUAUCACUGAUACUACCGUGGAGUUCUUAAAUGACCAUAAUGAGCCGGUAGAAAUAAAUUCAAGUGUUAAUGAAUUUGCCGAAGAGGAACUUCGAAGAUUUUGCUUUUCUGAAGAUCUCUAG